CACAGUUUUCCACAGAUCACGACAAGAUCUCACAGGAUCGUGCUGCACUAUGACUGGCCCUCGUCACACUUCUGCCCCACAACUUUCCUACACGUCCCACUAAGACAGACACCAGAGGGAGAGGACAUCACUAGUUCUACAGCGCUGCUCCUGGGGACAAGCGCUUCGGGUUCCACCACUAGUGAUCAUCAGUACUGGGAGUGACCAGGACUAUUUCCCUGUACUGAGAGCCGGCUGCUGGAAGCCUCCUAGACUGAAGCUUAUUGUUUUCUCCUGGAUACUUGAAUGCACCGAUGAGAGAUCCAACCUUCCCGGGGACUGCCAUGGCUUACCACCCUUUCCACGCUCCUAGACCAGCCGAUUUCCCUAUGUCAGCUUUCCUUGCGGCCACACAGCCUUCCUUCUUCCCGACUCUGGCUCUGCCCCCGGCCACCCUAGGAAAGCCCCUCACUGACCCCAGCCUGGCUGGAGCCGCUGAAGCUGGGCUGCACGUCUCGGCCCUGGGACACCACCACCAAGCGGCUCAUCUGCGCUCACUUAAGAGCCUGGAACCAGAGGAGGAGGUGGAGGACGACCCCAAAGUCAACCUGGAAGCCAAGGAGCUGUGGGACCAGUUCCAUAAACUGGGCACUGAAAUGGUCAUCACCAAGUCUGGAAGGAGGAUGUUCCCCCCAUUUAAAGUGCGGGUCAGUGGUCUGGACAAGAAGGCCAAGUACAUUCUGUUAAUGGAUAUAGUGGCGGCGGAUGACUGUCGCUAUAAGUUCCAUAACUCUCGUUGGAUGGUGGCUGGAAAGGCUGACCCUGAGAUGCCCAAGCGCAUGUACAUCCACCCCGACAGCCCAGCCACCGGGGAGCAAUGGAUGGCCAAACCUGUUGCCUUUCACAAGCUCAAGCUCACAAACAAUAUCUCUGACAAGCAUGGCUUUGUGAGUACAGAUACCAUCCUAAACUCCAUGCAUAAAUACCAGCCCAGGUUUCAUAUCGUGAGAGCUAAUGAUAUUUUGAAGCUCCCCUAUAGCACUUUCAGGACUUAUGUGUUCCCAGAGACUGACUUCAUAGCAGUGACCGCUUAUCAGAAUGAUAAGAUUACACAACUUAAAAUCGACAACAAUCCCUUUGCUAAAGGAUUUCGAGAUACGGGUAAUGGAAGACGAGAAAAGAGAAAACAGCUAACGCUGCCCUCCCUGCGGAUGUAUGAGGAGCAGUGCAAGGCAGACAGGGAUGGGGCCGAAUCUGACGCCUCCUCGUGUGAUCCUGCCCCGGGCAGGGAUAGCAUGCACUCUCCUCUGGGUACAGAGCCCAGUCCCCUGAGACUCAGCCGCACUAAUAGAGAUGAGAAGUAUGGAGCAGACAGCGAUCAGGAGCUGGAGAGGCGAGAAGUCCGGAUCGCCAGGGGUCACAGCAGCCCUGGGGGAAGCCCCUCUACUCCCAGCAGCCCCCGAUUAGAAGAGAGGGUCAGGGAGAAGCCCACUCUAGAAAAGAAGACUGAGUCUCCUGAAAGCCGAAAGGAUAAUGAGAGCAGCCUCUUCAGCGUCCGGAGUUUAGAGAAGGACAAACUGGAGAGCAGGAGAAAAGAGGACUCCAAGGCUGUGGAGACAGAGUGCGGGGGGCUGAGUAAAGAAACCUUUUCCCCCCUCAUGGUACAGACUGACAGCCCUCCACAGCUCACUGCUAGUCACCUGCAGAGCCUGGCUCUUUCUGGCUUUCAUGGGCAGCAGUUCUUUAACCCCUUGAGUGCUGGACAACCCUUGUUCAUCCACCCAGGACAAUUUGCUAUGGCUCCUGGAGCCUUCUCCGCCAUGGGCAUGGGACAUUUAUUAGCGUCUAUGGCUGGGGCAGGUGGCCUGGACAAUGCAAGUCUGUCCUCAGUACAAGGAGCCGCAGCGACACCCUUCCCUUUCCACCUCUCUCAGCACAUGCUGGCCUCUCAGGGAAUUCCAAUGCCCACAUUUGGAGGGCUCUUCCCAUACCCAUACACCUACAUGGCAGCUGCUGCAGCUGCCGCCUCUGCUAUGCCAGCCACAAGCGCUGCUGCCACCACCAUGCCAAGGAACCCUUUUCUUAGUAGUACACGCCCUCGUCUGCGCUUUAGCCCAUACCAGAUGCCAGUGGGCAUUCCUCCCAGCACAAACCUGCUGACCACUGGAUUGCCAGCAAGCCUCAACCCUGGAUCAGAGAGCUCCAAACCAGGAAGCAGCCGGGAAUCCAGCCCCAUCCCAGACACUCCUGUCCACAAGAGAACCCACUCUAGAUCCUUGUCCCCGAAGAGCUCCAUGAAGGAUUCCAUGAACGAAUUACAGAACAUCCAGAGACUGGUCAGUGGUCUGGAGAGUCAGAGAGAGGUCUCUCCAGGAAGAGAGACCCCUAAGUGACUGCCACUCUCUGUCAGUCACCUGAGCCACAAGGGCUGAAAAGCACUGGGAUUUUGUACAGCACAUUAUACCUAUUUAUUGAAAAGGGUCAGCGAUCAAAAGACGAGGACUUAUACAAGACACACUGAAACCCCACCACCAAUUUUGAAGGCCUGGGAGGAAUUCUAACACAUCUGCUUGUAUAAAUACAUAGAAUUAUUAAUGCAAUACAAGGAGACAAGCAUACACCUAUGGGGACUUCAAGAACUCCCAUAUAAUAGUCAUUCUGUGGAAAAGAAGCCCUAGAUACAAUACUUGGUAUGACCUAAGAAUGCAGAGACUCAAUGCAAUUGAUGAUGGACAAGGGGGAGCAAGAAAUUCCUAACAUUUUUUCCCGGAGGAGGGGGGGGGGGGGGUAUUUCUUUCUAUGACUAUUGGAGACACUAGAAGUCAAAUAUGAAUGCUGUCUGCAUUGAUUGUGAAGGCAGGAAUCACAUAGACAAUAGGAAGCUAUCGAGAUGCCACCUGCAGAUAGGUAGACUGCAUCCUCCACCCAAUCACCAGUCUGGUACAUUCCUGGCUGCAUACUUACCUGUGUGCCAGAGCUAUUUAUGAAAAAUGUAAAUAAGCUAGACGGAUCCCAAAUAUGCAAAUUGGUAUUAAUUUAUUCAGAGUUGUACAUGGUGUGUACAUAAUAUUUAGAGAAAAAUUCAUUGCAUUUAAUUUUUUCCAAUUUACAUUGAUAUAUAUAUUGUAAAUGAAAACGUAUCUAGCUCUUUGUGAUUGCAGGAGGUAUAAUAUGGUUUUUUAACUGUGUUUUAUUAUUUCUUCCCGCCUGCUGGUGUUCGACAAUCAUGUGCCAUCCAUCAAAAUAAUACCCACCAUUAAUACUGUACAGAGCGGGCAUAAAAUGCAGGAAUAAACCUCAGGUUUUCUUUCUUUUCACUCCAGUUCAAUAAAUGUUAAUGAUCACG